AUGGCGGAAUCACGGCGGUGGAUCGAAGACGCAUCCAGCAAGGCAGUUACCACCAAUGCGGAGCGGAUGUACGAUCGGAUGUGCAGCAGAGCGGAUGGGGGCAAGCGAUUGGCCAAGCGGCAAACCUACUUGCUCUCAAUGAAUGAUCUGAUAGAGGAGCAGAUCCUUGAGAUUGAGACGGAGAGGGCGCUGCAUUCUGACUUGAAGCCGGAAGAGCGCGAGGUCAUGGGUGCCUUCGUUGUGUUUUGGUGCCAGCGGACUCGAGAUGCCGUUCUGGGUCAGUACGGCUGGUCACGCUCGUGGUGCUGUCGUGCGUGUUGCCAACGACGACGCUUGCGUUCGGACCUGAGAGCGUUUCCUCUGAUCGUCGAGGCCACACAGGAUCCCAGCCUGCAGCUGUGGCAGAACAUGGACGUGAAGCCCUUGAUGCGGCUGGCCAUGGGCUGUGUCAUGAGCAUCUGCCGCUUCCUGGUCUUGAAUCUCAUCUUCAUCGUUGCCUGUAUUACUAUGUCUACGCAUGUCUACUACCCGUUGUUUCUUCCAAUCGAUGCGAAGGUUUGGCUGAUUACAAACGUCUCGGAGCCUGUCGUCAGCUCCAGCGACGAUGUUCCAUGUUGGCGUUCCUGCGAGCUGGAGCUCUUUGGCGACGAGCUCUGCUCGGAGCGCAAGGACCCUUACAUGUUUGCGUGGCGCUGA